UUAGAUCUCUUUAAAUCUUCCCCAAUGUACUUCCAUUAUGAUAAUAUAAAUACUUAAGUAGGUUGUCCUUGUUGAUUGGCUCAGAAAUCUUACAUUUAGUGAUAGAAAGAAUUCAUACACGUCUCUCUUAAAUUAAACUGACAGAAAUACUCUGUAGUAUUUAGUUUUACAUGAAGUAUUGCUCAUGAGAACACUUUAUCAUUCUCUCGCCAGAGAUAGAGAAAAUAAAUGGGAAAUUCUUCUCAUGGACGAAACGUAUUCUUUAUUCUGAUCGCUCAAACGUUAUUAUACUUCUUCGGAAUAUAUGUAUUCACUCGUGGAUUCCUCUUAAACCGCAUAGUGGUGCCCAAAAACAGCACAUGUAAAGAUGAAGAAAUUUUUAUUGGGUUGAAUCGCGAAGCAAAAGAUGCACUGUUGGAUGAAAUCCGUUUUAAACGGGCAGUUCUUCUCCUAAUUGAUGCAUUGAGAUAUGAUUUUAUGGUGUAUGAUGAAACCUUAGAAGCAAAAGAUGAGUUAAGUUUUCAAAACAAGCUCAAAGUCAUACAUGAAGUUUUAAAGGACAUGCCCAAAAAUGGACGUAAGUGGAAGUUUGUUGCAGAUCCACCAACUACUACAAUGCAAAGAAUCAAAGGAAUUACUACAGGUGGUUUACCGACAUUUAUUGAUGUUGGAGGCAACUUUGCCAGUUCUGAGAUUCGCGAGGAUAAUGUCAUAACACAACUGAAAAAUCUUGGAAAAACGACAGUUUUUAUUGGAGAUGAAACAUGGAUGGGUCUUUUCCCAGGUGGUUUUUCAAGACAAUAUCCUUAUCCUCCAUUCAACGUGAAAGAUUUGCACACGGUUGAUAAUGGUAUCAUAUCUCAUUUAAUACCCGAGAUAAAGCGGCCAGAUUGGGAUGUUGUCAUUGCACACUUCUUGGGAGUUGACCAUUGUGGUCAUAGAUACGGUCCAUAUCAUCAGGCAAUGGCUGAAAAAUUGACGCAAAUGAACGAUGUGUUAAGGUCGGUGAUAGAUUCUUUGGACAAUGAUACCAUCUUGAUGGUGUUCGGUGAUCAUGGUAUGACUAGGACAGGUGACCACGGUGGUGACAGUGACAACGAAAUUCAAGCUGGUCUAUUCGUGUACAGUCCCAUGCCAAUCUUCAGUCGCGCGCACUACGAAGACGUCAUAUUUCAGACGGACAUCGUUCCGACGUUGUCAUUGCUUCUUGGGUCACCUAUACCUUUUUCCAAUCUGGGUAUCGUAGUGCCCAGUCUUUUUGAUGAUUUAAAAAAUUCAAGCGUUGCGAAUGAUGAUUUUUCCCGUGUGGAAGCACUCCGCUUGAACGUUUUACAAGUUCAACGUUAUUUAAAAGAAUACUCGUUGUUGUCAAGCGAUAUUUCGUCAGGUGCUCUAAAAGAAAUAACGGAAUCCUUAUUCCGCCAAUUAAACUUCUCUAGUGCUAAGAUGGUCGAUAGGAACAAUUUUUCGAUCAAUUCAGCACUAGCAAAAGAAAACGCUUAUCUGACUUACUUAAAAGAUGUCAGGGAACUCUGUCGCACGGUUUGGGCAAAGUUCGACCUUCCUGUUAUUCAAACUGGUAUUUUUUCCGUAUCCAUAACUUGUUUUUCCGGUUUUCUAUUCUCUUUAGAACCGAAAUUUAUCUUACAUGAUAAAACUUUGACGUAUCUGUUCCAGUAUGGUUUUCUUUCAUUGAUUUCCGUAGUUAUGGCCGCAUACACAUUUUCAUAUAAAUUCGUCUGGAUAUUUUGCAUUAUUUAUGUCUUGUCAUGUGGAUUGUUACUUUAUUCAUAUUUUCUCGCCUAUAUCAGAGACAAUUUUAAACUGCUCACGAAGGAAGGGCUCCUCGUGAUUUUCGUAUUCACUCUUCAGUUUCUGGGCCACUUUUCCAACUCUUACGUUGUGAACGAAGAUAAAAUUUUGCUCUUUCUAAUACAAACCGUACUAUUUAUUUGCGGGACAAACUGUUUACUGGAAAAUGUAAAAUAUGAAUUGGGCAAAACGAAAAACCUCAAAGAACAAAAGAAAAAUUAUAUGAAGAAGCUUGGCUUAUUUCAAAUGGUUCCCAUGGAGACAAAACGUCAACUGGGAUGUUUGUUUAGUCUCAUGGUUGUAGUACGGUUGGGCUCAUUGUUUUGGCCUUGUCGCGAAGAGCAAGUGAAUUGUGUACCCGAACCAAUACAAAAUUUGCAACAAAAUGGCUACCGUUUACUUGCAAGCGUCGGAUUAUUUCUUCUUGUUCCAGGCGUCCUGAUUUUUUGGCUCAAAGCCAGUAGUAAUUUAUAUGAAUUUUCGUUCUCUAGUUUUGCGUUGAAGUGCGCGUUGCCGUUUGGCGCCUUUUUCGGUUGCGUUCAUUGGCUCUUGCAGUAUGUUCCUCCAUCAUUAAUGGAUCAAAAUUUUCUUAUUUUGUUCAUUCAUCAAAUUCUCGCCCCUUGUAUUCUUUAUAGUUGUUGUUUUCUUGUCCUGUGUUGUAUUGUUUACAAACCAAUCACAGCGUUCUUUGUUUUACCGUGCCAUUUGAGGAAAGAGUCGAUACUUUACAGUCGGUCACUUUUAAAAUCGAUUGUGGAAAUUUUCAAACAUUUGCGCAGGGAAUUAAGCGACUUCAGUGAAACUUCCGAGUCGCCUAAUGUCUAUGGGUUAGGUACGGUUUACUCGUCAGCACUGCUGAUUGUGCUCGUCUGCGUUGCAUUACCGUCGGCGCUCGUGCUCGGGGAUGGCCUGGGACCCAGUGUGACGUUGAUGAUCCUUGAAAUGUAUUUAUUACUGGAGUUCGACAAAAAGGCGGCUCUUGAAGCAUCCGAUGGAAAAGCAAUGUCGUUCGGUUCUUUGCUAUUUUCGGUAUUGACUUGGAGUCAACUGUCUUCGUAUAAUUUCUAUGCCUCUGGACAUCAAGCCACGAUUCCGUCCAUAAGAUUCGAGGCGGCUUUCGUUGGCCUGCCCGGUGAUAUGAAAAAUCUUCUUUUGCCCGGCUUUCUUAUAUUACUAAAUACAUUAGCAUCUGAGGUGCUGUUUGUUGUUGCGUUGCCGCUGAUCAUGUUUGUUAGAAAACGAAGGUACAGAAAUAAAACGAGUGCUUCAGAGAAUCAAAAUCCUUUGGAGGAAUUUGUCUACCAUGAAAAUCCGAUGGUGCUCCGUUCCGAUCUUUUCAGAGUUUGCACGUUGUACCAAGUUUGCAAAGCACUUCGGCUUCUCGGAGCAAUGUCGGCGGCCGCCGUACAUCGUCGUCAUCUGAUGGUAUGGAAGAUUUUCGCGCCAAAAUUCAUUUUUGAGGGUGUCUCUUUUAUUGCGACAUUGAUUUUGACAACAUUGAUGUCGGUUUUUGUUCUGAGAAUUGACAUAGAAUUGGAUGAAUGGUGCAAAAAGUUGCAGUUUUGGACGAUUUUCAGUCAGCUUUCAGGAAAAUCAGGAAGCAAAGCUUGUCCGUCAGUUUCCGCAAGAAAAUAAUGUUCUGUGAUGUGAAAUUUGAUUCCAGUCCCCCGAACUUUCCAUGAUCCCCUCCCCCAUGUGUGUUGAAUGACGAAUAAUUGAGUGUAGAAAAUAUUUUUGCUAUUUUCUUAUCGCCUCAAAGAAAUUUGUAAUCAAAACUUGUAUUUGUAUACCGUAAUUACUUUGUCCAGUAUUCGAGCUAACCUGUUCCAUUAUAAGCGGAGCUAGAUUUUACUUUAUUUUACACCUCUACAGGGUGUAUGCAAAAAGAACAGAGACUUUAGGAGCCGACGUAUUAAUUGUGAUAAUUUCAAUGUCUAUCUCUAUGCUGAGCCCACGAGUACAUAAAGUAUUGUCAGCGAGCUACGUGCCUACAUAUAUUUUGUUACAAGCACGAAAGUUUUUCUUGAAGUAACUUCUAACAGUAAAACAUGCACAAUAAUGCACCAGGAGGAAUAAAAAUUAAGUGAUUAAAUGCAAUGAAAGCUUA